CUAGAUUCUUGUUUUAUGGUUGUUCCAAUUUUUGGGUUUUAGUGGGUUUGGUGUUUAUCUGUAAAACCUUUUAUUAAUUUCAUGUUAUAUUUUCACAAUAUGAUUUGUGUUUUUUGAUUGGUUUUAUAGUAAACAUGAAAACAUUUUGGUUAUUUAACUUGUAGAAGUUGACUCUCAAUCCAAAAAUUUUGGAGAUUGAUUUUUCUGGUAAUUGACAUUCUGUAUUUUCGAGGAUUUUCAAAUAUAAAGAAAAAGUAAAAGUAAAAAAUAACCUUUGUAAAAAAAAAUAAACAUAAAAAUUAUAGAAGUUCCAAAUCAAAAUUGGUUCUGAGUCUUUGUGGAUGUUCAUUUGAUUGAAUUCUGAUUCUGGUUCUUGGGAUCAGAGUACAUUUUUGAGAUUUAGGUGAAAUACAUUUCUAUUGUUUGGAUUCAAUAGGGUUGAGACCGACAUGAGUUGUUUUUCAUGUUUUUCUUCGAAAGAGAAGAAAGCCAAUAAGAGGUUAAAUAGUGGGAGAGGGGGACCUCUGCCUACUACUCCUCCUGCACAGCCACAGCCCGACUAUCCAAGGAAAACUACCACUGAAGCUACAAAUCAAAAAAAUGCCACUAAAGAAGCAGGCAACAUUGCCGCGCAGACAUUCACUUUUCGUGAACUGGCCACGGCAACAAAAAAUUUCCGGCAGGAAUGUCUACUGGGUGAAGGUGGAUUUGGACGAGUUUACAAGGGUCGAUUUGAAAAAACUGGCCAGAUCGUAGCUGUGAAGCAACUUGAUAGGAAUGGACUGCAAGGGAACAAAGAGUUCCUUGUUGAGGUUCUGAUGCUGAGCCUCCUGCACCAUCAAAAUCUGGUAAAUCUUAUCGGAUAUUGUGCCGACGGAGAUCAGAGACUUCUUGUGUAUGAGUUUAUGCCAUUGGGAUCUUUGGAAGACCACCUACUCGAUCUUCGACCAAAUCAGAAAGCAUUAGAUUGGUUGACAAGGAUGAAAGUAGCAUUAGGUGCUGCCAAAGGUCUGGAAUAUUUGCAUGAUAAGGCCAACCCCCCUGUCAUCUAUCGCGAUUUGAAAUCAUCCAACAUCUUACUGGAUGAAAAAUACAAUGCAAAACUCUCCGAUUUUGGGCUUGCCAAGCUUGGUCCUGUCGGGGACAAGACACAUGUAUCAUCAAGGGUGAUGGGAACAUAUGGUUAUUGUGCUCCCGAGUAUCAGAGAACCGGUCAACUAACUGUGAAGUCCGAUGUAUACAGUUUUGGUGUUGUUUUAUUGGAGUUAAUAACAGGAAGGAGAGCCAUUGACACCACAAGGAAAACAGACGAGCAAACUCUGGUUUCUUGGGCACAACCUGUAUUCAAGGAACCAAAUAGGUUCUCAGAACUGGCUGAUCCACUUCUUCACGGAGAAGUCCCAGUGAAAAGUUUAAAUCAAGCAGUUGCGGUUGCUGCAAUGUGUCUCCAAGAUGAUCCAGAAACCCGUCCCUUGAUGAGCGACGUGGUCACAGCUCUCAGUUUUCUUGGGGGAGUGCAAGAGCUAGGAACUGUCUCAUCUCCCUCUCCUCCAGCAUCACCACAUGAUGGUGCGAUUGAAAAUGGUCAAGACGAAGUUAUUGCAAGGGAACGCCAACAAGCUGUAGCAGAAGCCAUAGAAUGGGGUUCAAGUUCAUUACACCACAAAAAGAAGACACUGGACAGGACUAGUUCUUCAGUGUAAAAUGCGCCGCCCUACAUAUUAUGAGGAUUUGAAUCUAUUUGGUUUUCUUUUUCUCCCACGGCUUCGAUCCUGCAAAGAUGUUUACAAUCUAAUUUGUUACACUAGAUGAAACAAUUUGAAUUUGCGAAUAGCUGUUGAAUCAUUAUGCGAGGACAAAGUGAUAUGAUGAGACAGAGACAUGGCACACACUGUGUUUUGCUAAAUUUAUGUGAUCUGUGUAUCAUGGCCUUCUGUAAUACAAGGUUAAUAUGGAAAAACAUUGUUUUAUAAAUUAUGGAGUAUUUCUUGACUUGGCUAAAUUCUGUUAAAAUUAUUAUCCUUGGACUAAUGAUGGAAAUUCCAUAAUCCAAAUGCUGACAUAAAAUAAACAUAAGUUUGAUUUGCUAAUUGUGUGAUGGG